UGAUGGAAUACUAGUUAGAAUUAGCAAAUAAAACUAUAGAAGAAUUGAAGCAAAAACUCUUAGCUGCCGAACAAUAGAUAGUUUCAAAGGAAACUGAAAAAAUUUCAAAGUAAGAAUUGUAAGAGAAACAAAUAGAAAGAAUGAAUGAUGAAAUAGCAUAAUUGUAUAGAAAAUUAGAGUCUUAAGAACAUGAAUUAAGAAUAAAGGUUUAAUUUUAACUUAGUCUAAGGAUGAACAAAAUUAUAAAUGUGAAGCAUAUAUUGAAAGAUUAGAGUAAUAGUUAAGAGAAGCAUAUUAUUAAAUUGAUGAUCAAAAUGAAUAUCUAAAUUAAAUAGAAUAAAGAAUUGCCCCAUUAAAUCAAGAAAACAUAACUCUAAUAAAGCAAAAUAAAACUCUUCAAUAAGAGUUAGAUUACUAUCAGAGAUCAGUAUAAAGUCAAAUAAAUAAGUUGAAAGCAGAAUAUGAAAUGAAAAUUAUUGAACAGCAAGAUAAAUUAAUUUAAUUAACCAGAACUCCAAAUAAAGAGAAUGUUGCUAUAUCUUAAAAUACUUCAUUUAUUGAUUACGGAAAAGAAAGCAGAGCUAGUAGAUAAUCAAAUUAAGAUUAAUUAUUUGAAUUGUAAUCAGAAUUGAACAAGAACAUCAAGCUAUUAAAUUCAAAACUUAAAUAAUAUAAAUGA